AUGAACCAGUCCCCACAAAACGACCAGGCUGAAAAGGAAAGAAAAAUGCGCGCCAGUCGGCCAAAGGUGCGUACUGGCUGUGCCACCUGCAAGAGUCGGCAUAAGAAAUGCGACGAGGGCCGGCCGUCCUGCCUCAUGUGCAUCCGUGUUGGACGCGCAUGCGAGUACCGAGAAACAGUAGAUCGCCGCAGGAGGCAUGCAGGCGGAGUGGGCUUGGGAGGCCAGAUGGCUGGAGCAACACCCGCUGCAAACUACCAUCAUCGGUCCGGUCUAAUAAUACUGGCGCCAGCAGUUCCCGCAGCUGCAGGGCAGUCAAGCCUCGAUCUGGAAGAGCGCCAGUAUCUAGACUUUUUCCGAAAAGCCACCGCAGCGCAGUGCGCUGGCUACUUCUACGAUGAGUUCUGGCAGCGACUGGUCCAUCAGGUUAGUGAAGAGCAGCCGGCGGUUCGUCAUGCUGUUAUUGCCCUAGGUUCGCUUAACUAUAGAUUCCUGCAACUACGGUCGGGCGCCAGUAACAGGGCAUUGCAGGGAACCUUCACUCUGCAGCAGUGUAACAAAUCCAUAGUUUGCCUUCGACAGAUACUACAGGCCAGUCACCUAGGCCGCCAGAGUACGGAGGUGGCGUUGAUCACCUGCAUACUCCUGGUUUCUACGCUGCUGUUCCAGGAAGACGCGCAAUGGGCAAGUCACCACUUGCAGGCAGGGUUAAAGCUGCUGAAGGAGUAUACGAGCCACAAUCCACACCAAAGCUCAGUGAGUAUAGCGAUAGAACGGGCUUUCGCUGGAGUACAUUUGAGCUGGUUAGCUUUCAGCACGCCAGAGGUCAUCGCGGACAAUUCCUUCCCCUCUCCGAUUCCAAGACGAUUCCCAGAAAUAUCCAAUGACAUUUCCACAGCCAACGAUUUUGUGGUUAGUCUUGCUCGACUUGUAUUGCUUGGUUCUCCAAGAGUCGCGUCAGAAGCAGACACCCUCUUCAGCGAAUUAGGCGCCUGGAGAAAACAAACCAAAGCAUCCACCAUCGCCUUCCAACAGCGUUCACAGCGCGAUCGCGAUGCAUUAGUGCUCCUCAAACUGUGGAGCGAAGUCCUCUACGUCAUUCUGAGCGUGGAAACGCAGUCCUCGCCAGAGCCACGGGAAAUUCGAUACGAUGCCUUCCUUGCACACUUCCAACACAGCAUCGAGUUAGCAAAGAGACUACUCACAACCACAUCAAGGCUCGAGCCUGUUCCGACUUUCUCCGUGAACCUUGGAGUCAUCGCGCCGCUCUUCUUCUGUGGCUUCAAGUGUCGCGACUGGCUAGUCAGACAAGAAGCGUUACUUUUACUGCGUCGAUGGCGUCGGCAGGAGGGGAUCUGGUCGUCUGAUGCGACAGCUCGUCUUUUGACGCGGGUUAUUGGGAUUGAGACUGGCGCGUUCGGGCCGGAAGAUAUAAUUCCUAUGGCUGCGCGUAUCGAGUCUGUACAUGCUGAAAUUACUGGGUCUAAUUCUGGGUUAUGUCUUUGGUAUCGUCGAGCUGGGGAUGAGAACUGGAUGACAGAUAAGUUGGACCAAUGA